ACGGUGGCGCACCGGAAACCGGAGAGCUCGGAAAUGCCGAAAAACCUUAGACCCCCGACGUCGACCAGUGCGUACGGGCGCAUCAGCGUGCCGGAAUCGGACGAUUCCCUUCACAGCCAGGAGGUGGAACACCAGGUGACGGAGGCAUCGCUGGAGAUAUGGCGUACGCUUCCGGCCGCCAUCCGGCAGGACCCGAGCCUGGCCUCGUUCCGGCAGGAGCACGAGCGACUACACGGACCGGACGAAGAUCCGCUUCCGAACGAAGACGUAUCGGCCGAUGACGGCGAGGAUAAUAAUAGCAAGGAGUUCAUCACAAUCAAGGUGACCAACCCGGACUCGAGCAUCGAGGACAGCAGCAAGGUGGUGGAGCAGUGCCACGAGAAGAAUGGCCAGAACGCGACGACCGACGGCGAGGGCGAGGACCACGAGGCCACGAUCGGCGCCGGCCACCACCACCAGCACGGCAAGCUGUUCGGUUACGUCAAGGUCGGCAUCCUGCUGGUGGUGUGGCUGUUCUUCACCGGCUUCCUGAUGUCGGUGCACGAGAAGGAGCUCACACCCCGGCAGCUGUCCGUGCCGGAAGCGAACUAUCGGACGUACAUUCUGCCAGAGUCACCGCCAACCUCGAGGAUAGGGAUCGCCCUGAAGGGAGCCUAUCUGAGCGAUCAGCAACACAACAACACGAAUACGUACUUGUUCGUCAACCUGCAGUUACUGUACCUCAGUAGCAACAGCUCGAACGCGAGCUACUUCCAGGAGCACGACGUAAAGUACACGGAGAACAUCACGAACGUCUGGCAGGUGCCGAUACCGAGCACGCUGGACGCGAUCGACCAGUGGGACGAGAUCACGCGCAAGCACGUGUUCGACGUGGGCCCCAUCAACCACCAGAAGGUGACCAGCGGGAAGGCGGUGGUCCGGGUGCGCAUGUCCACCAACCUGGAGGCCGACUUCCCGACCAAGUUCACGUACGAUCCGACGCCGAUGGACGUGGAGGCCGGUGUCAUCUACGCCGCCAUCGUACUGCUCGGCCUGUACGUGCUGAUCAUCUGGGAGAUCGUGCACAGGACCUUUGCCGCCAUCAUCGCGUCGACGCUCGCCAUCGGUGUGCUGGCCGCAAUGCACGAGCGGCCCAGCAUGCCUAAGCUCAUCUCGUGGAUCGACGUCGAAACGCUGCUCCUGCUGUUCGGCAUGAUGAUCCUGGUGGCGAUCCUGUCCGAGACCGGCAUCUUCGACUACCUGGCCGUGUACGCGUACCAGGUGACGAACGGCAAGGUGUGGCCCCUGAUCAACUGUCUGUGCAUCUUCACGGCGGUGUUAUCCUCGUUCCUGGACAACGUCACCACCGUGCUGCUGAUGACACCGGUCACGAUACGACUGUGCGAGGUGAUGGAGCUAAACCCGGUGCCGGUGCUGAUGUCAAUGGUGAUCUACUCGAACGUUGGCGGCACCCUGACCCCGGUGGGCGAUCCACCGAACGUCAUCAUCGCUUCGAACAGUCACAUCGCCAAGAACGGAGUCAAUUUCGCCACCUUCACGCUGCACAUGGCGAUCCCGAUCUUCUUCGUGAUGAUCACCACCUACUUCCAGCUGCGCAUGAAGUUUAAGAACAUCAACGAUCUGCGCUUCAGCGAACCGCAGGACGUGCAGGAGAUUCGCCACGAGAUCGCCGUGUGGCAGCGGGCCGCCGCGUCCCUGUCGUCGUACUCGAAGGACGAAGACCUGGUGCGCGAGACGCUCCUGAAGAAGGUGAACCGCUUGUCGCGCUCGCUGAAGAAGAAGCUCGUCACCGGCUCGGUGCCGGUCGAAAGCUACAAGGCGACACUGGAAGAGAUGAAGCGCAAGUAUCCGAUUCGCAGCAAAGCCUUGCUGGUCAAGUCGGCCAUCACGCUGGCGUUCGUGAUCACGUUCUUCUUCCUGCACUCGGCGCCGGACAUACAGAAGCUGUCCCUUGGAUGGACCGCGCUGCUCGGAGCACUGUUGCUGCUAAUCCUAGCCGAUCGCGAGGACAUUGAGUCGGUGAUUGCUCGCGUCGAAUGGUCUACGCUGCUGUUUUUCGCUGCCUUAUUCAUCCUGAUGGAAGCGCUGGCCGAGCUGGGCCUGAUCGAGUGGAUCGGCAAGCAGACGGAGAACGUUAUUAUGUCCGUAUCGGAAGAAUCUCGCCUGGCGGUGGCCAUCCUGAUCAUCCUAUGGGUGUCUGCGUUCGCGUCCGCCUUUGUUGACAAUAUCCCGCUCACCACGAUGAUGGUGAAGAUUGCCAUCGGUCUUGCCGAGAACGAAACGCUGGAUCUGCCACUGCAACCGCUCGUGUGGGCCCUGGCGUUAGGCGCUUGCUUAGGAGGCAACGGAACGCUGAUCGGUGCCUCCGCCAACGUUGUGUGUGCCGGUGUUGCUGAGCAGCACGGCUAUAGGUUUACCUUCAUAGAAUACUUCAAGGUCGGUUUCCCGGUGAUGGUCGGCAGUGUGAUCGUCUCCACGAUCUACCUAAUGUUUGCGCACGUCGUCUUCACGUGGCACUAGACUCUGUCACAUCACGCCUGGUUGUGUAUGUGUGUGUGUCUGUGUGUAAGGUUGCCAUCCUACUUUUCCCACCCAUCCGGAUCCUUCAUCUCCUCUCCUCUCAAUGAUUCUAGCAUCGAUCGACCGAUGUAGUGUAGUGUAAGUAUUGAAGCUGCACCGAAGAGAGAGUGCAACGUGAACGUAGAGUGUGGCAUCGUGCAACGAAGGAUCGCGUCCGUGGAAUCCGUACCGAUCGGCAGCAACUGGUUAUGUGAUAGCUCACAGUGCAGGGCCGGCGGCCGCCCGCUUACCCGAUUUAUCAAUGACACCAACCCAUCCUACAUCCACCGGAAGGACCACCACCCAGUAUGGUAUCAACCGCAUCCGAGCCGAGCAUGUGAUAAGUCUAUCCCCUAAGCUGAGGGACGGCAUUUCGAAGGCAUCGCGGUGCACCACAGGGUGUGGUGUUGCGACAUCAAUUCUACCGAAUAUUGUUAUGAACUAUGCAUUUUACACACAUACACACACACAUACGCCAAACAAGAAAGUCAAUUGGGAGAUCUUCAUCCACGCGGUAGAGAGUGUUAGCUACCUUCGAAACCUACCAGAAAGACCAGACAUGCAGUUAUAGGGGGACGAUAGAUACAAUUACCUGGUAGGCAGCAUCCCUGGUAGCCCGUACGGGAAGGUCCUUGUACGCGGUGGAAGGAUCAGAAGAUUAGAACCAAUACCCUCCUACAAUCGCCAACCGACGGGGGGCCGACCGAUACUUUCGGAAGGAAAGUACAGUCGCUAGUACUCGAGAGCCCCACAGUCUCUAAGUGUUAUCGUUUUCAAUCUUUACUUCUUGCAUGUUAACUCUGUACAAUUCGAAACACCCCGUGAGCGAAACGUGAGUGUCACGACCGUUAGGAAGGUUAGGCGCGGUACGGAUCGGUUUUAGAAGACGCGAAACUGAAUGGCAUGCUCGUUUUUGUUAUCUUUUAUUCCGUUCCUUAAUCCACUCCCCAAUUUGUUUUGUGUUUUUGGCGUUGUUUCGUUGCGCAUUGCGUUGUGCUUUCGAAAGUGAAAUAAAUGAUGCAGCCAUCACUCUGAGGAGGAGAGCAGAACGUUUUAGGAAAACGAAAAGUGUAAUCGAACCUGUUUGUUAAGUUAUUUGAAGGGCUGAGCGAGAGAGAGAGAGAGAGGACCAGAACGCCUUCCCGUUCGUGCGAACAGACACGUGCAAAAGACAUUCCAAUACACGAGGGGCCACCCAGAGAGGUGGCCGGUUUAUUGUAAAAUAUCAAACAACCAAGCGGGGCAGAGCAGAGCUUUACCGUAGCCCCCUUUUGCCAGAGGGCCAGCGAGUGAGUGAAUGAGUUUCAUCACCUUGAGCCGGACGUUUGGGGCUGGCGUUACGUAGCCAAUUGUAGAUAGCUGGAAAAUGGAGAAAAUGGGGCAACCUUCGCCGGGUGAACCGCAACACCCGCAACAUCUCACGAAGAACAUCACCCGGUUCGAUUGAUGGCGCGAGAAAGGAACGAAACGUAUAUAUAUAUUUUUUACCACGUGCCACAGCACCGUUCCAGAGUUCCUCCGAGAUAGUGGCGAGUGUUGCGUUUGUAAAAAAAAUCUUUCGAGCCUACGAACAAAAAAACAACAAACUAAACAGCAGCAGAAAAGUAUGAAAUGAAAAGGCAAAAGACGAUAGGAAAAUGUUUUGUACGUUCACACACAGUAGAAAAAAGGCCUCGGGCGGGCGUGCAGAACGAAGGAUGUUUCCUUUAGUUAAUUAUUUUCAUACCAAAAAAAGAAAGUGAAGAGCUAUAAGUAGCGUUAGCGAAAAGUAUGAUGUAAAAUUUGCCAAUGCAAACCACGUUAAGAAGUAAGCAAACCAAUUACUAAGUAGUAGAGCGAGUAAAAUGAAAGCAUAACUAAAACCAACCAAUUCUAAAUCCAA